CCGGGGUACUGCAACACGCCUCAUCAAGCGGGACUCGGAAAAACCAAACUCCAACUUCCCCCUUCCUUUCUUUCUUUUAGAUGCAGGAACAUAAAAACCCGACAAGAGAUCCCAGUAUCUAUCAGGAUGAAGUGUAGUUGACCAACCCAGCCGCUUGGUGCGCUGCCGUUGUUUCAGCCCAGCUUCCUGAAACCAGCUUCUUCCGUUGUUUUUAACAUGGCCACAACACCACGCCAGUGAGAUACUUUCCCUAAGACAACUGUUUUUAAACAUUAGCACACCGAGAAUGCCGAGGAAAAAGAAAAACGGACAUAGCCCGGCAAGAGUACCCGGGUUGUCAAACGACAACUACUACCGAAUACCGGGAACGGGUGACGGCGCGCCGCUGUCGAGAAGUGAAUUCAACACCGGGACUAACUCUCACGAAUACGGUCGUACUAAUAUGCUCGUUUCGACAAACAACCCAGGAGGCAUCUCGGCUACUUCUCAGGACAAGGACGAGAUCGUGAGGACCAUGAAGGAGAUGUUUUGCCACCUGGAUCCGGAAGUUCUUUACAUUGUGUUGGCCGAGUGUGACUUCAAAGUUGAGAAUGCGAUGGAUUCUCUCCUGGAGCUGUCUGUAGCAGCUGAGCGUGUUGGCCCCCUCCCUCCCCUCCUCUCCGGGUUUGAGCUUACCGCAGCUCUCCUCAGCCCCCAACACAACUCCUCCAAACCAGACCUUCACCCCAACCCUCCUACGGGGGAGUCCGCUGUCCCCCUCUCCCCUCCCCGACGGGCCCUUCCUCUCCGCAGCGAAGAUAACCAGGACCUGACCACUGACUUGACAGAAGAAUUUGAUGUUCUGAUCGACCGUGAGCUGGAGAAUCUUACCAUACAGCAGGAAGCUGAAGAGAGGGACCACAGUGAUCUUCACUCCUCCUCUUCCUCAUCCGUCUCAUCCCUCUCCUUCCUCGUUCAGCCCCCGGGCGCCCAGCAGCAGGCCCUGCCACAGCCGCUCCAGUCCAGCCCAAGAGCCUCAGCCUCCAGGAGGGGGCUCCCAGGGGACCAGCCAUGCCCAGACAGGGUGUUCUCAGCUGGGCAAGCUAGCGGACCUCACUCCCCUGUCUCUGACCUGAGUCUCAACUUCUCUGGAGGGGCAGUCGGUUACCAGCGGCAACGGUCAUUACUGGACUUCAGCCAUCUGACUUCAUCGCCAUCCGAGACGGACAGAACUAAACCCAGCCUGCUUUUGGACCCAGGGUCCGCCGAUCGCCCCUCUGCAUUCCAGGCAUACAGGAAACUGGACCAGUUCACUGUUCAUCCAGAGGGCGAGCGGACCGUACCACCAGGUGGCGUAGUAAGGGGGGCGAGGACGAAGACGAGCGUCGCAGGAGAAGAAGAGCAACUCAACAACCCACCGUUCUGGAAUACUCGAGCGCCGGAGUUCCAGCCACAUGUCCGCAGGAAUCAGGCAACGGGGCCGGCAUUUAUCGUCCCUGUGGCGCUAAGCCCCUCCUCCUGGCACACCCGAGCCACACCCGCCUCCCACUGGUUGGCCCAGGGCCCUGUCGGUCAAGCCGCGACCGUCCCCAGGUCUUGGACAGGGGGUGUGUCUGCUGGCCCCAGAGCACCCCUCCUCUCUGGGCAACAUGGUAGGCUCCGGCUGGAGGGGCGUGUCCUAGUGCUGCUACGGGGAGCUCCUGGGUCGGGCAAGUCCACCCUGGCCCGGGCCAUGCUGGAACAGAACCCACAUGGGGUGGUGUUGAGCACGGAUGAUUAUUUCUGUCGUCAUGGGGACUAUCGCUAUGACCCCUCAGCUUUAGGGGAGGCCCACGAAUGGAACCACGCUAGAGCCCAGGAAGUGAUGGAGGCCUCUUUCUCUCCUGUUAUUAUUGACAACACCAACAUGCAGAGCUGGGAGAUGAAACCCUACGUCACUAUGGCUCUGAGGCACAACUACAAGGUUUUGUUCCGGGAGCCUGGUACCUGGUGGAAGAACAAACCCAGGGAACUGGAGAGACGUACUAGGCACAGUGUUAAAGCAGAGAAGAUCCGUUGGAUGAUGGAAAAUUAUGAUCGUCACGUGACCAUUCACUCCAUCAUGGGGAGCUCUCACCCCAAACUACCCCCCAUUAUGACCCAACACGACCCCCCCAUCACGACGCCAAACUACCCCCCAACAGGACCCAAGCCCACCCCAUCAGGAGGCCAAACUACCCCCCAACAGGACCCAAGCCCACCCCAUCAGGAGGCCAAACUACCCCCCAACAGGACCCAAGCCCACCCCACCAGGAGGCCAAACUACCCCCCCCAACAGGACCCAAGCCCACCCCAUCAGGAGGCCAAACCACCCCCCAUCAGGAGGCCAAACCACCCCCCAUCAGGAGGCCAAACCACCCCCCAUCAGGAGGCCAGCCCACCCCAUCAGGAGGCCCAACUACCCCCCAUCAGGAGGCCAGCCCACCCCAUCAGGAGGCCCAACUACCCCCCAUCAGGAGGCCCAACUACCCCCCAUCAGGAGGCCCAACUACCCCCAUCAGGAGGCCAAACUACCCCCCAUCAGGAGGCCAAACCACCCCCCAUCAGGAGGCCAAACUACCCCCCAUCAGGAGGCCAAACUACCCCCCAUCAGGAGGCUAGCCCACCCCCAUCAGGAGGCCCAACUACCCCCCAUCAGGAGGCUAGCCCACCCCAUCAGGAGGCUAGCCCACCCCAUCAGGAGGCCCAACUCCCCCCCAUCAGGAGGCUAGCCCACCCCAUCAGGAGGCCAAACUACCACCCCAUCAGGAGGCUAGCCCACCCCAUCAGGAGGCUAGCCCACCCCAUCAGGAGGCCAAACUACCCCCCAUCAGGAGGCCAAACUACCCCCCAUCAGGAGGCUAGCCCACCCCAUCAGGAGGCUAGCUCAUCCCAUCAGGAGGCCAAACUACCCCCCAUCAGGAGGCUAGCCCACCCCAUCAGGAGGCCAAACUACCCCCCCAUCAGGAGGCUAGCCCGUCACAGUAAGUUUCCUCAACACACCCAGACUGCAUCUCAAACUACCCCCCCCAACAGGAGACUAGGGAUAGGGUCCAAGUCCUCAGACAAGGCCCGCCGCGACCUGGUAGGAGAGCAGCGAUUGGUCCAGGGCUCUGAGAGGUCCUGCCCCCAGCUCUCGCUUCCCGAGGUGUCGUCGGCCGGCCGCUCCGGGAGAGCCAUAACCCCGGGUCACAGCUCUGCCCACGGGUCCACAGAGUUCCUCUCCCUCAGUGGAAAGGCCUCGGAAAAAUGUGUGAUUCUGGACAAUUCUAAAAUUCUGGAUGAGGAGGAUAUUCUUGAUUUAGGAGCGGUGGCCUCUGAACCGGAAGCUCCGUGGCAACCGGACGACGAGGGGAACAGGGGGGAGGAAGAGGGAGAGACAGGAAUUCCCCAUUGUCUGGUGGAGUCUGUGUUUAGUGCAGAUCUCCAUGGUGACGACGAGAGGCCCGUGGCUUUCUCCGAGUCGAUUGGUCAGAGGGUGAGGAAAGAGAGGAGGAGUAGAACUAGGAAGACGGACUCUGAUAGGCUGGAGCCUGCUGUCAUAGUGAAGGACGCUAGCCAAUCGAUGAGCGAGGGGGAUGGAGAGAGAGAGGAUGGAGGAGGGAAGUUGGUGGGAGAAAUGGGUGAUGGGGGAGAGCAGGAGUUGUUGGAGUUUGUUGGAGACUGGCCUUCAGAGGAGGGACUGGAGCAAAGAAGAGGAGGAGGAGGAGGAAGGAAUGGGAGGCGCCCUGGGAGGGACAAAGAGGGAGGUGGUGAGGGGGAGGAGGCAGAUCCCAGAGGCAGCCAAUCAGAAGGGCAUCCUGGUCGCGGGCCUCAUGUCACAGAGUUCCAGAAGCUUCUAGAGCUCUUACAGGCGGGUGUUGACUCCUUCCCCCUGCCCACCUGCCCCUCCCCCGUCCCCUCCCUUAGCUCAGACCGUUCACUUGGAGAAGGAGGAGAGAGGGGUGUGGCAGGAGGAGAAAGGGGUGAGGCAGGAGGAGAGAGGGGUGAUGCAGGAGGGAGGAGAGGGGAGGCGGAUAAAGACCGAGUCCUGAGUCGGGAGGAAUUACCUGACUGUGUGUCGGCUAACCCUAACUCAACCCAGGUGGUUGGAUCCAACACCGUGGAGCAGAGGGAGGGAGAGACCAUUCAGGCCGCCGGAGAGGGGGGGACUCAGGGUUUAGUUGAGAAAGACUUGUUGGAGGUAGGAGGAAGCCAUAUUGGUAAGGUCAGUCAGUGUACUGAUAGUGACAGCCAUAUUGGUGAGGGCAGUGUGGAAGCUGGUGAAUGCAGCCAUGUUGGUGAGGUCAGUCAGUGCACUGACACUAGUGAGAGCAGGGUGGAAGGUGAAGUCGGCCAUCUUGGUAGAGGCAGUCAGUGUACUGACGCUAGUGAGACCAGGGUGGAAGGUGAAGUCGGCCAUCUUGGUAGAGGCAGUCAGUGUACUGACGCUAGUGAGACCGGGAUGGAAGGUGAAGUCGGCCAUCUUGGUAGAGGCAGUCAGUGUACUGACGCUAGUGAGACCAGGAUGGAAGGUGAAGUCGGCCAUCUUGGUGGGGGCAGUGAGGAGCGGAGGCAGAGUUGCAGGGCUGAGAAACAGUGCAAGCUGGCGCUCACCUUCACAAACAACACCCCUCCCUCCCCCAAACCACAGACAGACUCUGACCUCAACCCUGACCUCGAAUCUAACUCUGACCUUGCCCCUAAUCUCGACUCUGACCUCGACCCUAAUCUCCACUCUGACCUCGACCCUAAUCUCCACUCUGACCUCGACCCUAAUCUCCACUCUGACCUCGACCCUAAUCUCCACUCUGACCUCGACCCUAAUCUCCACUCUGACCUCGACCCUAAUCUCCACUCUGACCUCGACCCUAAUCUCCACUCUGACCUCGACCCUAAUCUCCACUCUGACCUCGACCCUAAUCUCCACUCUGACCUCGACCCUAAUCUCCACCCUCUCCACUCUGACCUCUCCACUCUGACCUCGACCCUAAUCUCCACUCUGACCUCGACCCUCCACUCUGACCUCGACCCUAAUCUCCACUCUGACCUCGACCCUAAUCUCCACUCUGACCUCGACCCUAAUCUCCACUCUGACCUCGACCCUAAUCUCCACUCUGACCUCGACCCUAAUCUCCACUCUGACCUUAACCCUAACCUCAAACCUGACCUCAACCCUGACCUUAACCCUAACCUCGACCCUGUCCUUAACCCUAACCUCGAUCUCAACCCUAACCUCGACCCUGUCCUUAACCCUAACCUCGAUCUCAACCCUAACCUCAAACCUAACCUCCAACCUGACCUCUACCCUAAUCUCAACCCUGACCUUAACCCUAACCCCCACCGCCCCUCCCCUCCUCCAUCAUUGGCCGACACAGAUCGUUCCUCCCAGACCGACCCGCAAGACUUCGCCUUCCUCUGGCGUCUCGACCACAAUCGUCGCGACAACCCAACCGACGCCGCGGGAUACCACUUUCCCCCUAACAACACCCUCGCCAUUCUCCACGGCAACCCUUCCCGUUUCCUCCCAGAGGUAUCGGCGGCGGUCUCGGCCGGCGUUGCGGUUCACCCCUCCGGCCAGCGCGUGGUGCCGUACCGUGUGACCCACGAGAAGGGGAGCCAGGUGGAGGAGAGGGAGCUGGAGGAGGGCCGGACCAAACAGCAGAACCUCGGCAUUCUCAGACGCCAUUUUAAACUGGUCAACGGACACACUCUGGAGGACCUCUAUGACACGUGUCAGCAGGAUCUGGAGUGGACCAGUAAUCUGUUGCUAGACUCUGGAGAGAGACUGUUCCUAGAGGAAGAGGAGGAUGAAGAAGAGGGUGAUGAAGAUCUGGACAUGGCCGUAGGUGUGUCCCUGGAGGAGAGGACGGAGAGGCGGGUUACGCCCCCAGGAGAACAAGCUUCGGCCUCCAGCUUUUCUGAUAGUGAGGCGAUUGUUGUACUGGGAAGAAGGGAGGAGGAAGAGGAGACGUGGAGGACAGGGGGGGGCGUUGACGAAGGGGUAGGUGGGGUUACUGGACUGAACCAUCCGGUGUCUGGGGGCAGGGGCGGCUCAGAGGAACAAAACACCCCCUUGGGAGAGUCCACUCGUCUGGAGCACGGACCACCAGGAAGAGAUGUGGCAGAGCAGGAAGUGGUUCGGGACUCGGAGAGCGGAGCUGGCGCAGAGCAGUGGGAGAAAUGGGAGAGGGAGGAGGAGGGAGACGAGGAGCUGUAUUGCGUAGACGAGGUGACCCAGUCGCUCCUUGCUCAGCUGGAGGAGAUGGAGAGGAGAGAGGAGGAGGAGGAGAGGAAAGGGAGGAAGGAGAAGGAGAAGAGGAGGGACAGACUCGUGGACAUCCAGAGUGUUGAACUGAAGCUGCCUACAGAACUGGCUCUGCAGCUGGUUGAGCUGUUUGGCCCUGUCCUACCAGGUGUGUGUUCUCCUGAUGACUACUCUGUGAGGAUGGACCUCAACAUGGCCAGACUGCUGCACCAGAAAUGGAAGGACACUGUCCAGGAGAAGCAGAGACAAGCAGCACUCUCCUACCAUCUACUACAAGAGAGCUCUGUCCACUGGGGCGAAUCACAGACGGCCAAAACCGGGCUCAGGGACGGGUCACGCCCAGCUCACUUCCUGAUUGGUCCAGACGGCUUUGCGUCUCCGAGCGGCCAAUCGGAGGCUCGGGAUGAGUUGCCAAUCCUGGACCACUGGAGUGUGUCCCGCCCUCAUGUCUCUCUCAGAGACAUCAUGACUGAAGAACGGGCUCUACAGGAGAACAUGGAGAGG